CAGCGUUUUGAAUCUCCUUAAACGCAGCGUUUGGUAGUGUGUGUAUAUUUAUGUACGCCUUAAAUUUUGUAACCGUUUUCUUCAGCGGAAAAAAAUGAUUAUAGAAAUUAAAUGUUGAUCGUAAGUGAUGAGUGACGAUGGUCGGUGGGGAUGAAUCUAUCGCACCGUGUCGGUUCGAGAUUCCACACGGCGAGGCUCGAGGCGUCGUCCUCCGCUGAUGAUACUUCAUUCGCCGAGUACUCCGACGAAAUGUCUCCGGGAUCUAUCCCGGUGCGCUCAGCUGCUCUCUUUCUAGCGGCCAUCUCCAUCUCAUGCCUCGUUCUUUACAGAGCCGCUGAUUCCUUGUAUAUUCUGCCUCACAUUUUGCCGUCUUUCAGUUUCUCUGCUUAUCUGGAUAAUGAAGAACCUAACCUGGAAACUGUUCUGCGUAGAGCUGCGACGAGAGAAAAGACAGUGAUCUUGACAACUUUGAAUGCAGCUUGGGCAGCUCCAGGAUCUGUUGUGGAUCUCUUCUUCGAGAGUUUUAGAAUCGGGGAAGAAACAAGCAAACUCUUGGACCACCUGGUGAUUGUUGCGCUGGAUGCUAAGGCCUACUCACGUUGCUCACAACUCCACAAGCAUUGUUUCAGCCUUGUAACCGAAGGAGUUGAUUUCUCCCGAGAAGCCUAUUUUAUGACUCGCUCUUACCUCAAUAUGAUGUGGAGAAGGAUUGAUCUCCUCCGGUCUGUUCUUGAAAUGGGAUACAAUUUUGUCUUCACGGUAUCAUCAUCAUCAUCAUCAUCCUUCUCUUUUCGUUAUGUGAUGAAAAGACUUUUUUUUUUGUGAAACUCACUCAAUGUUCCUUUUUUUUUUCUUCUUCUCCAGGAUGCUGAUGUGAUGUGGUUCAGGAACCCGUUUCCACGUUUCUACAGGUAUGCAGAUUUCCAGAUUGCUUGCGAUCAUUACCUCGGAAGAUCAAACGACCUGCGUAAUCGACCAAACGGAGGAUUUAACUUUGUUCGGUCCAACAAUCGAACGAUCCUCUUCUACAAAUACUGGUAUGCUUCAAGGCUGAGAUUCCCGGGGUAUCACGAUCAAGAUGUCCUCAACUUUCUUAAAGCAGAACCUUUUGUUUACCGCGUUGGGUUGAAGAUGAGGUUCUUGAACACUGCUUAUUUCGGCGGUCUAUGUGAGCCUAGCAGGGAUAUGAACCUGGUUCUUACGAUGCACGCUAAUUGCUGCUACGGUAUGGAGAGUAAGCUUCACGAUCUCAGAAUCAUGCUUCAAGAUUGGAGAGAUUUCAUGUCUUUACCACUUCAUCUGAAACAAUCCACUGGUUUCUCCUGGAAAGUCCCUCAGAACUGCAGUCUUGAUUCUCUCAGACGUUAUGAUGAAUCCGUGGAUGAAGAAGAGGCCGAUCCACCAGACGAAUCUCAAGACUGAGAAAGUUUUGAGUGUAUUUUGUAUAUAUUCUUGAGAACUUUUGCCAGAGAGAAGAAACUCCAAUUUUUGAAGAGAUGUAAAACAAAACGUGACAGCAACAUUUGCUGUUUUUGGUGACAAUGGAAAUUAAUUUAUAGAAAUCAUAACAUGCGUGUUCAUAAUUU